AUGGCUGAUGGAUUCAUGGCUCCUCCCCCUAAAGCUGUUUAUGUUAGCCCGGUCUGCCUUGGUACUAGUAACUUUGGAGAUAACUGGGCGGGCCUCUUAGGUAGCUGCGAUAAACCCACUACUGAAGGCAUUUUAAACUACUUCUAUGAGCAGGGAGGCAACCUUCUUGAUACUGCUAACCAAUAUCAGGAUGGCUUGUCUGAAGAGUGGGUGGGUGACUGGAUGAAGAAGCGCAUUUCUCUACUGACAUAUCCAGUGAUCGCUACGAAGUACUCGCUGAGUGAUCGCGGCCGAUUUACCAGCAGUGAGAUCAUUGCCAACACGACUGGUAACAACGCCAAGACCCUACGUGUCUGCGUCGAACGUAGCUUAAAGCGUCUCCGAACCGACUACAUUGACAUUCUUUACGUCCACUACUGGGACUACCAUACCUCCAUCCCCGAGGUCAUGCAAAGCCUCAAUCAGCUUAUCGAAGCCGGCAAGGUUAUUUACCUCGGCAUCAGCGAUGCGCCCGCCUGGGUCGUUAGCAAGGCCAAUCAGUAUGCCCGUGACCACGGCUUGCGGGGCUUCGCCGUAUAUCAAGGUCUCUGGUCCGCUGCCGUGCGCGAUUUCAAGCGGGACAUCAUGCCCAUGGCUCGAGAGGAGGGGAUGGCACUAGCGCCAUGGGGAGCUCUCGGUCGAGGCAACUUCAAGACCGAUGAGCAGCGCAGGAAUGAUCCUGGGAGGAAUGCAUCUGUUGGCGUGACGGUGCAGAAUGAGACUGCGGUUGGUAAAUUUAUUGCUGCUAUUGCUCAGAGGAAGGGUACGAUUCCUACCAGUCUUGCACUUGCCUACGUCAUGAAGAAGUAUCCAUGCACGUUCCCGGUUAUUGGCGGUCGUAAGAUUGAGCACCUCAAGGGCAACAUUGAGACUCUUAAGCUUGACCUUGACAAGGAAGAUAUUAAAGAGAUUGAGGCUGCGAUCCCCUUUGAUCCUGGGUUUCCCCAUACAUGGCUUUACAUGGGCGCUCAGCCAGAUCAUCCAGCCGACAUCUGGAUGAUGGGAAUGGCUGGACACUUUGACCAUGUCCCACUGCCGGAGUCUAUUGGUCCAUACAGGGAGUAG